AUGGCCAACACAAGGAAACAGCCCAACGAUUGUAACAUCAAUGGACGAGUUACAAUCUCGGGACCCCGAGCAGAUAAGAUUACCUACAGGGCUGCCCAGGAACAACCCAGGUUCAAAGAACCUGAUGACGAGGAGACACCUCGGACGUUUAAGGAACGGAUAGAGCAAUACGAGCGCCUAUGUUAG